AUGGGCUCCUGGUCGACGGCUGGGGGGAGGUGUUGUAACAGGCUGCUUUUAGCGCCACUUGUUAAGACUAAUUGUAAUUGUAAGAAUGGUGCUAUGACCGGUCACGAACCCGCGAAGAGAGACCAACGAGGAUUAUCGACGUGGAUUAUCUGCAAGAUCAUCGACGACGGGCGGAUGGCUGCCUCGAGAACAAGCUGGAACGACGGACUUAUUGGAACUCGAAGUGAGCGAUCGACGCAUGCGUGA